AUGUGUGGAGUGGGAUUUUGUGGCCACAUUCACCGGAAUAUUUGCUUGUGUUUAGCCAUUUACACUCUAGUUGGUUCCCGUAUACCAUGCCUCCAUUGCCAGGUAGCCAAUUUCGCACCUAGUGAACACUUAAAUACCAUGUUUUCAUCCCUGACAAAUGGCACUCAGCAUUUGGAUAAACAAAAAUUGACAAAUUUACUGAAGCAUCUGCAAAUUUUCCUAAAUGAAGUACCUCUCGACGAACAUGGUUCCAGGGAAAACAAGUGUUUUACAGCAAGUGAAAUGCUCGCAUUCUUCUCUGCUAAUCAUUCCUACUUGAACAAAACGGAGUUCCAGGCAUUACUACCAACUAUUGUGUAUGAACUGCAUACAGGAGUUUGUAGUCACAUACACAAUGAUGAACUUGAUCAUUCUACUCACAGCUUCGAUUGGAAAGCUUUCUUAGCCGCAUCUGGUGCUGUGCUGUUGGUUAGCGCUUCGGGUUUAAUUGUUGUUUGUUUAGUACCAAUGAUGUCUCGUAGUUUCUACAAUGUUGUGACUCAGUUUCUUAUUGCACUUGCAGUUGGUUCACUUGCUGGUGAUGCGUUUCUUCAUUUAAUACCACAUGCUUUUUCUACUCACAGUCGCCAUCAUUCUCAUCCUCAUCAUGAAGAACAUAAUGGUCAUAACAAUCAUCAUCAUCAUCAUAAUUCUGAAUUAUCAACAGAACUCAGUUCACAUCGUAAAAUGAUUUUAGAAGCACUUGUAGCCCUACUAGGCAUCUACAUCUUCUUUUUAACUGAGCGUUUGACAAUUAUCUGCCAGAAUAAAAUGUCUAGACGAAAAUUAAAACGUCAACGAGUAAGUGGUGCGUUAAAUGUUCUCGAUUUCAAUGAUGAAAAGAUUCAUGAUCAUAAGGUUAGAAAUCAGUUUCACGGUAUUGAUACUACACAUGCGACAGUUGAUGAUUUUGGUAACUGUAACGGCUAUAAACAAAUUGAAAAUAAUUCAAACGGUGAUAAUCCUGUGAUAAACAGGAAUAAUAAAGAAGUAAAAAAUUCAAAUGCCUUUCAUAUCAGCACUUCAGAUGGGAUUGGUUAUGAUGGUUGUAGUGGUGGUGGUGUCCAGUCAACGGUAUCGAAUGAAGGACAGCUGUGUAAUCGUCCUCCUGACCGACCUAUGGAUAACAAUCGUUGUGUGGAUUAUCUUAAUGAUAAACAACUAUAUCCUUCAGAUGGUCAACUCAACCGUGUUGAUAAACAACAAGAAUUCGUUGGUAGCAAUAUUGUUGAUGGUGGACCAUUUACAAAUUUUUCAGACUUGAAAAAAUCAUCUACUUCUUGUAUGGAUAUACCAGAUUUGAAAAAUAGUGAUAAACAGCUUACUACUAUAGAACUUACUAACCAUAUGGUUGUUACACAGGCCUCAACUGAUAUAUCCAGUGCUAUAGUGAAGAAAAACUCGUCAUUCAGUUAUCUUGGUAGCGCUGAACAAAGUCAAACCCACCCACAUCGUGAUAAACCUCAUGGGCAUCAUCAUGGUCAUAGUCAUGAUUUAAGUUCUGUUCGUGCUAUAGCCUAUACUAUUAUUGCUGGAGAUGGAUUGCAUAACUUUUGCGAUGGGAUCGCUAUUGGUGCAGCUUUCGCAAAUGAUAUCCGUGGUGGACUGUCAACAUCAAUAGCGGUACUAUGUCAUGAGCUACCACAUGAAUUAGGAGAUUUCGCUGUUUUAUUACAUGCUGGAAUGUCAGUGAAAUCAGCUCUUUUCUACAAUUUAUUAUCAAGUAUAUUAUGUGCAGCUGGAAUGAUUUUAGGCUUUCUACUCGGUGGAAUGCAUUCAUUAGACACAUGGAUAUUCAUGUUAGCUGCAGGAAUGUUUGUUUACAUUGCAUUAGUUGAUAUGAUGCCUGAACUAUCAACUAAUCAACUUAAAGGGAAUCGACGUUGUCAUCAACCGAGUAUUUUAUUCUUAUGGCAAAAUCUUGGCAUACUAUUAGGCUUCUGUAUAAUGCUACUAAUAGCAUUCUAUGAAAAUGAGUUCAUUUCACAUUGA